AUGCAUGAUGGCCUAAUCUCUUGUUAGAAAAGGUUACUCCUUGCCCUUCUGUGUCACUUGAAGCAUCUCACCAUGGAGGAGCUACUGAUACCUGCCGAUGCUGACAAGGCACCACCAGAAUCAUCUUUCUUUUUUCCUAUGGGACCAGCUAAAUCCUUGCUGGAGAGAAUUAAAGACUUUAUGGCACCUACAUUCUCUAUCAGUGUCCGGGAGUAUAUAAAGGAAUACAUCAAGCGAAAUGGACUAUUGACGCUGUCUGUACUAGCCGUGAUCACAGGCUGUGUCUUAGGAUUCAUGCUGAGGGGCCUGUCCCUCUCCACACAGGCAAAAAUUUAUUUUUCCUUUCCUGGUGAGCUGCUCAUGCGAAUACUUAAAAUGUUGAUUCUCCCCCUAAUCACCUCAAGCUUAAUGUCUGGACUGUCAUCUAUGGAGUCAAAAGCCUGCUGCAAGAUGGGGGUUUUGACAGUCACCUACUACCUUUGGACCACGUUCAUUGCUGUAGUGGUUGGCAUUGUACUUGUUUUAAUCAUCAAACCUGGAUAUGGUACAGACAUGGAGAGUAACAGACUGGGAAAUGGACAGGUCAUGACGUCUGCAGAUGCACUGCUGGAUCUGGUCAGGAAUAUGAUCCCCUCCAAUCUCAUUGAAGCCACAUUUCAGCAGUAUAAAACAGACCUUAUUCCCAUUACAAAAACAUCAGCGAACCCUGGAAGCACAAAUUUUGUCUACUUGAUGCCUGAUGACGACAAUCCUAAGGGUCGAACAGUCCUGUUGGAACUUACGCCUGCUCCAGACAUUGAGUAUAAGACCCGUCCAGGCAGCAGUCAGCAGAUGAAUGUACUUGGCAUUGUCAUUUUCUCUGCCACAAUGGGUCUCUUACUUGGUAAAAUGGGUGAACGAGGAGCUCCUCUGGUGAACGUUUGCCAGUGCAUCAAUGAAUGCGUGAUGAAGAUCAUUAAUGCAGCAGUUUGGUAUUUUCCUUUUGGGAUUAUCUUCCUUGUGGCUGGCAAAAUACUAGACAUGAGUGAUCCCUCUACACUUGGGAAGAAACUGGGCUGGUAUGGGGUGACAGUUCUCGCAGGCUUGUUUGUGCACGGGCUUGUUCUGCUUCCAUUUUUUUAUUUCAUUUUGACUGGGAAAAACCCUUUCACAUACAUUAGAGGGCUUCUGCAAGCCAUGGUAAUUGCCCUAGCCACAUCAUCCAGUUCAGCAACACUUCCCAUUACAAUGAAAUGUUUGUUGGAGAACUGUCGAGUGGACAGGCAGAUUGCUCGAUUUGUGCUGCCAGUGGGAGCCACCAUUAACAUGGAUGGAACUGCACUUUAUGAAGCAGUUGCUGCUAUUUUCAUUGCCCAGGUCAAUGAGUACGAACUGGAUUUUGGACAAUUGGUCACUAUCAGUAUAACCGCGACCGCUGCCAGCAUAGGUGCUGCUGGAAUUCCUCAGGCAGGCCUUGUAACCAUGGUGAUAGUUUUGACAUCUGUAGGAUUGCCACCAGAUGACAUCACUCUGAUUGUAGCCAUUGAUUGGAUCUUAGAUCGCUUCCGAACUAUGAUCAACGUACUAGGAGAUGCUCUAGCAGCUGGAAUCAUCGGUCACUUGUGUCGGAAAGACUUUCCACCUGACAGAGGGGCAAAUGAAAAUGACGGUGCAAAAGACACCCGGGCUGACCAUGACAUGGAGAAUGUGCCUUUGACUGAAGUACCACUGCUUGCUGGCAAAGAUUGUAUAUUCGAGGUGGUUGGGGACACAGUUUUUGAACGACCCACAGUCUACUACAAUAUAUGUCAAGUCUGA